AUGCGGGCUACCGCUCGUCUACUUCAAUCAUGCAGAAUAACCUUCUUCGCACGUAAAACCUGCGGACUAUGCACCCAGGCAAGAUCAGUUUUAUCAGACGUCUGGGAUCAACGGCCGUUUGCCUUCAAAGAGGUUGACAUUGUUGAUCCCAAGUCCAAACCAUGGUUGGAUCUCUAUGACUUUGAUGUCCCCGUGAUUCACAUCAGCAAGUCUGAGGCGCCCGAAGAAGAUCCCAAGCUGUCUUCCCAGGCCAUGAAAUUGAUGCAUCGGUUUACAGUAGACCAGGUCAAAGCAAAGAUGGACCUUGUUGAAAAGUCAUGA